CUCUUUGCCCACAUUCCUUUUAACUUCAACACACACUACUCACUCUUUUACUCUCAUUUCAACAUCUUUUUUUUAUAAACAAAUGUUUCAUCCAAGAACUUCUUUUGAGUCCCUAGAACAUGGCAUUCGUAACCAGAAAUCAAAUAAGGCGUCAUGGUCAACAGUGCUGAGUUUGGCUUAUCAAAGUCUUGGAGUCGUUUACGGUGAUCUAAGUACUUCCCCUCUCUAUGUUUACAAAACUACAUUCUCGGGAAAACUUAGCCUUCAUGAGGAUGAUGAAGAAAUUUAUGGUGUCCUUUCCUUCAUCUUCUGGACUUUCACAUUUAUCGCCCUCCUUAAAUAUGUCUUCAUUGUCAUGUCAGCCGAUGACAAUGGUGAAGGUGGUACAUUUGCGUUGUAUUCCUUACUAUGCCGGCAUGCAAAACUAAGUAUGCUUCCUAAUCAACAAGAAAACGAUGAAAAACUAUCUGCAUAUGGCGUUGAAAAGACUGCAGAAACCUGGCAAAGCUAUGCUUUAAAAUCCUUUUUUGAGAAACACACCACAUUUCGAAAGGGACUGUUGAUUUUUGUUCUUCUUGGAACUUGUAUGACAAUUGGUGAUGGCGUUUUCACUCCUGCUAUAUCGGUUCUUUCAGCUGUUUCAGGAGUUACAAUUAAAGUUACGGGUCUUCAUGAAAAUUAUGUGGUUGCGAUCUCAUGUGUUCUUUUAGUCGUUCUUUUCUCAAUUCAACAUCAUGGGACACACCGAGUAGCUUUCUUGUUUGCUCCAGUCGUCACAGCAUGGCUUCUAUCUAUUGCUGGCAUUGGAAUAUAUAACAUAACUCGAUGGAACCCGCAAAUAUUUCACGCUCUUUCGCCAAUUUACAUGGUGAGAUUGCUAAAAAGGACCCGUCGUGAAGGUUGGUUAUCUUUAGGAGGAGUUGUCCUUUCAAUCACAGGUGUUGAGACCAUGUUUGCUGAUUUAGGCCAUUUUUCAACAUUGUCCGUUAAGAUAGCUUUCACGUUUCUUGUCUAUCCUUGCCUGGUUCUUGCGUAUUUGGGUGAGGCUGCGUAUCUGUCUAGGCAUCAUGAAGAUAUCCAAAGAAGCUUUUAUAAAGCAAUACCAGAAGCUGUGUUCUGGCCCGUGUUCAUAGUGGCGACUUUUGCAGCGGUGGUCGGAAGUCAGGCUGCAAUUUCAGCCACCUUCUCAAUUAUUAGUCAAUGUUGUGCUUUGAACUGUUUUCCUCACGUGAAAAUCGUUCAUACCUCAAGAAAGAUAUAUGGGCAGGUCUAUAUCCCAGAGGUAAACUGGAUGCUGUUGAUCCUCUGUUUAGCAGUGACGAUUGGGUUAAGAGACACAAACAUGAUAGGACAUGCUUACGGUCUUGCAGUGACUACAGUGAUGUUCGUUACAACUUGUUUGAUGACGUUGGUGAUGAUCAUUGUGUGGAAGCAACAAAUUUUAACUGCUGCCACUUUUCUUGUACUUUUCGGGUCAGUGGAACUCCUUUAUCUCUCUGCCGCCUUCUUCAAAGUUCCUGAAGGUGGAUGGAUCCCGCUGCUCCUCUCAUUAACCUUCAUGUCAGUCAUGUUCUUAUGGAAUUACGGGAAGCUAAAAAAGCAUGAGUUUGAUUUAGAGAACAAAGUCUCGAUGAACCGCAUACUCUCAUUAGGGCCAAGUCUCGGUAUGGUGCGGGUCCCUGGAAUCGGACUCGUUUACACUAAUCUAGCGACGGGAAUCCCAGCAAUCUUUGGUCAUUUUGUUACCAACUUACCUGCAUUUCAUCAAGUGUUGGUGUUUGUUUGUGUGAAAUCUGUUCAAGUUCCAUAUGUCAGGGCCGAGGAAAGGAUGCUUGUGGGCCGGGUUGGGCCUCGAGAGUAUUACAUGUUUAGAUGUAUUGUUAGGUACGGUUACAAAGAUGUUCCACAUGAAAACUACAAUUUUGAGAACCGGUUAGUGGCAGCACUGGUGGAGUAUGUUGAGACCGAAGGAAAAGAAAAAGAUGAAUUUGGAGAUACUGACAGUGAAAAUCUUGAUGAAAAUGCUCCCGUACACAUGUUUACGCUCCCUGACCACGAAGAGAAACUGGUUCAGUCUUUGAAGGAGAUCGAGGAGUCGUUUUCUGGGCAUUUAGAAACAAACUCAAAUCUUAAGAAUGAGUCCAUCCAGAUACUUAAAGCCCGGGAAUCAGGAAUUGCUUAUAUACUCGGGCAUUCAUAUGCAAAGGCCAAGAAAUCGUCCUCUAUAUUUGCAAAGUUUGCCAUUGACAUCGUGUACUCAUUUUUGAGCAGGAACUGUCGGGGAACUGAUGUCAUUUUGAACGUGCCUCAUACUUCGUUGCUAGAAGUCGGUAUGAUUUAUUAUGUUUGAUGGUCAUAGAUUCCGGGAAUGAUAAAAAUGGUAGCGAUACGUAGAUAUGUACGUAUACAAAACACGUUAUACGUAUAUGGCUUUCAUUAAGUUAAAUGUAAAUGUUAAUAUAGCAAGUUAUAGAAAGCUAAAAUGUACAUGGCAUCAAACUAUAUCUAUUACUUGAAAGCAAAGAUCUUAUAUGCAUAAGAUUUACUUUUAGGAAAA